CCAUCCCUCCCUCCAUCCUUCCAUCCAUCCAUCCAUCCAUCCAUCUAUCCAGCCAGCCAACCAGCCAGUCACUAGUACAACUUGCAGUGUACUUAUACUGCACUCCAAUGUGCAUUACUGCGUGCAGCACUGGUGCUCUACACCGCUGAACUUGUUAAAAUACCACACCAUACGGCAACAGUGCCACUCGCUUCUCAUCCAUCCUCCUCUUCCUUCUCCUCCGACACUCUCUCAAUCCCUUCCUCCCUCUCUCUCUUUAUCUACCUAUCUAUCUAUCUACCUUUGUGUCUAUCUGUCUUUAUCCUUCUCACUCUCUCACUCUUUCUCGGAAUCUUUCUUUCUCUCUUUUCCUGUUCUUCAUCCGAUCAACUUUCUACGUACGAUGGAGCCAGUUUACAAAUAUGAAGAAUUCUCGCAAAUUGAACAAAGAUUGCCAGAUCAUAAUCCAUCUAUGUGCACAAUGAGUGGCCCUCCUGGAAGCAUACCUGAUGAUUAUCCUGCAAACAUGCAAAAGAGCAAGAUUGAAAAGCAGCUCCUUCGAAUAAACGAAGAACGGAAAUGGAAGCGCCAGACGCAGGGAAUGAUGCAGCCGACAGUCGACAGUCGACCGUCUUCGGGGAGGAGAAACCACGAAGAGUCCCGUCCUUUGAUGACUGACUCACCUCUAUCGAAACCAACAUUAGCAAAUUCAAAUUAUGCUUAUGAUGGUCCUGCUAGCAACUUUGAGAUGAACAACUCUGAGGAAAUGACAGAAGUCCAAAUAUUCAAUGUUACUCCUGAUGAAAGCAAAGAUUACAGUGAUAGUGACAGUGAUAUUCCAACCAUUUCAACAGAUGGGAGUCAGCGCGGUUUGAUCCUAGAAGAUGACGAUGAAAGUAUUGCUAUUGCACCACAGCCUACGACAUCCCCUGGCAUGCUCUCACCAAAUGCAGACUUUGAUAUACAAAAUGAUGUUCAUGGUAUGCUCACCCUCAAUUCGAAUAACAUGUACCCGUCAGAUACUCGCGAGAGCCUGGACGAGUUCGUACUGAAACCCGCUCAGCAAGGAUCCAUUAUUAAGUGUCGGAUAACGCGAGACAAACGAGGAGUUGACCGAAGUGUUUAUCCAACGUACUAUCUACACAUGGAACGAGAAGAUGGUAAAAAACAAUUUCUACUGGCUGGGAGAAAAAGAAAGAAAAGUACGACUUCAAAUUAUUUAAUCUCUACCGACCCAACUGACCUCUCCCGGGGUGGUGAAGCAUACAUAGGCAAACUCAGAUCAAAUCUAUUGGGGACUCAAUUUACAUUAUUCGACAAAGGUUCAAACCCAAAGAGAUCUAAUAGUUUAGCCACCCCUGAAAUGGCUGUUACUCGCAGAGAAUUAGUUGGUAUUGUAUAUGAUACCAACGUCCUUGGUUUCAAAGGACCUCGAAAGAUGACAGUAAUUGUUCCUGGUAUGAAUCUCAGUCACGAAAGAGUGGAAGUUGUGCCGAAUGAUGAACAUGAUGGUCUAAUAGAGCGAUGGAAACGUAAAACCAUGGACAAUAUGCUGGAAUUACACAAUAAGACGCCUGUCUGGAACGAAGAAACCCAAUCUUACGUCUUGAAUUUCCAUGGAAGAGUUACACAAGCCUCUGUAAAAAAUUUCCAGAUAGUUCACGAUAAUGACAUUGACUAUAUUGUGAUGCAGUUUGGCCGUGUUGCCGAGGAUGUUUUCACCAUGGACUUCCAAUACCCGUGCUGCCCUCUACAGGCAUUUGGUAUUGCCCUUAGUAGCUUCGACAGUAAAUUGGCUUGUGAAUAAAUUUAACAGACGUACAUAUCAACACAACCAAACAUUUCGGGUUUAUGAAUUCAGUAAGGGUUUGUAAAUUCUGUUUGUUGGGGAAGGGUGGGCAUGGUUUGGUUUGUUUGUCGUUUGGCUUUUUUUUUUGUAAAUAAAUUAAAUAAAUACA